UAGAGAACGACGAUGUGAUGUGGGAAGUGUGGCGCGAGCUAACGAGCCACAAAAAAGCACAGCUGCGACCUAGCGGAGGAGGAAAUAAUAUUGCUCCUGUCGGGCAGCAGCAGUUUUUGGGUCAAGAGAGUAAAGACUGCCACUCCUUUUUCGAGACCACGACGACCACGACGCAAGGAGUGAACUCGAAUUGCAGAGGACUUCAAAAGCCACAACAGCUGGUACAACAAAAUGAAACUAGUGC